GAUUACCCUCUGAGAUCCAGGCCACCGCAAGUGACAUCACUCCCAGCCGGAGCUUAAAAUCUCCCCAUGUGAGGGGCCCUGUUUCCUUCAGCCUUUGCCUUCUGACCGCUCCCGCCCAGGCUCCGGGCCACCGGGAGAGCCCCCGUCCCUGUUAUCGAAGGCCCGCAGACCUGGGCCGCGCGUCCCCGAAGAUCAUGAUGGCGUAUAUGAACCCGGGGCCCCACUACUCGGUCAAUGCCUUGGCCCUGAGUGGUCCCAGUGUGGAUCUGAUGCACCAAGCUGUGUCCUACCCGAGCGCCCCGAGGAAGCAGCGGCGGGAGCGGACCACCUUCACCCGGAGUCAGCUGGAGGAGCUGGAGGCCCUGUUUGCCAAGACUCAGUACCCGGAUGUGUACGCCCGCGAGGAGGUGGCUCUGAAGAUCAACCUGCCGGAGUCCAGGGUUCAGGUCUGGUUCAAGAACCGCAGGGCUAAGUGCCGCCAGCAGCGCCAGCAGCAGAAGCAGCAGCCGCAGCCCCCCGGGGCGCCGACUAAGGCGCGUCCCGCCAAGAGGAAGGCAGGCCUGUCGCCAAGAUCCUCCUCGGACGUCUGUCCAGACCCCCUGGGCAUCUCAGACUCCUACAGCCCCCCUCUUCCCGGCCCCUCGGGCUCCCCCACCUCGGCCGUGGCCACGGUGUCCAUCUGGAGUCCGGCCUCAGAGUCCCCUCUGCCCGAGGCCCAGCGGGCGGGGCUCGUGGCGCCGGGGCCCCCUCUGACCUCGGCGCCCUACGCCAUGACCUACACCCCCGCCUCCGCUUUCUGCUCUUCCCCCUCGGCCUACGGGUCUCCAAGCACCUAUUUCAGUGGCCUGGACCCCUAUCUUUCCCCCAUGGUGCCCCAGCUGGGGGGCCCGGCCCUCAGCCCCCUCUCCGGCCCCUCCGUGGGCCCCUCCCUGGCCCAGUCCCCCACCUCCCUGUCAGGCCAGAGCUAUGGCACCUACAGCCCCGUGGACAGCUUGGAAUUCAGGGACCCAACAGGAACCUGGAAGUUCACCUACAACCCCAUGGACCCUCUGGACUACAAGGAUCAGAGUGCCUGGAAGUUUCAGAUCUUGUAGAAGAGAACUCUCCUCUCUGCGCCUCGUCUGAACCGGCCCCGGGAGGGCGUCCCUGGGAAAGCAGAGUGGAGGCUGGGGGCUCUCUGGCGUAGUGUGUUGGUGUAGCUCACCGCAGCCCACCCCCCUCCUCUGGGGAGCGUCUCCUCACUCUCCCGGGCCGGGGGCGGGUGGGGCCCCCUUCAGUAGGUCUUAGGAACCCUCAACCCAGCCCCGGCUCGCGUGGCUUUAGCUGCCUUGGGAAACCACACAUCCCAGACUCCAGAAAUCCUCUCGGUGGGAAUUUCACCACGAGAUGAAAUUCAAGCAAACU